GUGUGAAGACGCAGACAGACAGGAGGACAAGCACUAGAACACUAAACGGAGUUUGGAAAACCUUACGACUACCGAUGGUCUCUUUAGAACCGGAGAUGGUUUGCAAUCAACUGAGCAAAUAAUAGGUUUGAACCAAGCUUGCCCAUGAAAGACUCCUCUUCUCGCAUCUUCGGAAUUCGGUGCUAUGACCUGUGUCAAUUAUACGCUAUUAAUAGAAGCGUAAAAAGUGGAGAGUUUACCGACUGAACGAAAAGAAGUUAAAAGUUGCCAUAAAAUGUUAUCAUUAUUCUUCUUGAUUCUGUACAUUCCUGCUGUGAUGUCCUCAUCGUCACGUAAGUACAGCAGCUCUUCCAUGUGAUAACACACGUUGUCUGUUUAGCUGGUUUGGUCGGAUAUAGCCUACUGUUAGAUAAUAGCCUACUGUCUGAAUCCUUGUUUAUGGGCUAAACGGUAUUGUUUAUGCAGGUUUCAUAGGGAAUUAAUGUACAAAAUAAUUGCUCUAACAAUGGCAAGUCCUACAUAUUUUGAAACGUAUAUCCAUUAUAAUGUUGGCCUAAAAAUAAUAUUGUGAGGUAAAUAUUAAGUAAUUUGAAAUAAAAUGCUGGCAAUCAGAUUUAGUAGGCUACCCUAUGUUUCCAACCAUUUGAAAUUAAAUUAACAGGCUAAACUUAAUUAUAAAGCAUUUCAUAAAGAAAUAAAAUAACUGUUGAGAUCUGUAUCCAGCAUCACAAUAUUUAAAGAAUGUCAGUUCCAUGAACAAUCACUAGCCCUUCUAGAUUUGAUGAAAUUGUGAAAUAAUAGUCCUAGACACAGAUCUCGGUAUUCUUGACCAUGCUAUUGAAAAACGGUGUCCUAAGAGGUUGGAUUUCAACAGGUCGGCUCAUAAUUCGUUUAACACAUGUAGCACCGGGCUUUACAGAGGCAACACCACGGUGACAUCAUAUGGUCGGGUCUCAGGGAAUGUUAACCGCCAGCUUAAUGCAAAGUAAAGUAAAUAAAUCACAGUUAUGUGCUGCGGUAUGUCGGCUAGAUUUUGGGUCUGUGUCCAGUUUAUUUGUAUAGGUGAGGUCAUACAACUCACGUAGGCCUAGAUGAUUAUUGUCCAACCAUGAACUUUUUAUGUAUUUUCAGGUGUUCCGAUUAAUGAAGAAAUGAAUGUAUGCGACAGUAGUGAGCUUCUGCCUCUAUAGCAAGAGGUCUUGGACUUUUAUGGUACAGAUGAUUGUGCACUUUCCACAGAGUUGCUGGUUCAAGAACAAGACCCACUGCUGCCAUUCCCCCCCCCCCCCAAUUACUCCAGUGAUAGAUUCAUAACAAAGCAAUACACGUUUUCUGAAAGGUUCUUGUGCAUGGUUUGGAUGUGCAUCAACACGCUCCUCACCACUGAAGACAUUUAGGCUGCCCUGUGAACGGUCUUUCACCUUCCUUUCUAUGUGAUGUUGAAGCUCUCUAGUUGAUGUUCUGUACUUGUUGUCAACCUUUGCAGUGAAACCCCCCACUCAUCAUAGUCAAAGUAACUGCCAUUCAGAAAACAUCACAUGGCUCAAUAUGGCUAAAUGUUGCAUGACUUGUUUCAAUUCACUCACAUACAAGGCCUCCAUCAAAUGUUCCACAUGUGGCUCCUUUGUCCCGUAGACGGACAGAAACACAGACUACCUUUGAACUGUUCCGUGCAGAAGCGAAAAGUAAACAGUGUUUUAGAAACCAGGGGAUUAGUCGCUUUUCAUGCAUCCUUGACGACUGACAUCCAGAACCAGGAGGGUCUAAAACUAGAGGCUAUUUUUCAUCUUCACAACACCAGUGCUGUAAUACAGGGCUUUAGCUCGACAGCUUGUGUGUUUACUUAGAUUAAAAGCAGUGCUUUUCACCCCUGAGAAAUAAACAGGGUGUGCAGGCUUUUGUUCCAUCCAAGCACUUAACACACCUGAUCGAACUGAUCACCAUCUUGGCUCUGUGCCUGGAUGAAACAAAACCCUGCACAAAUUAUCAAUGCUCAGUCUCAGACAUAAACGAAAACAAACAUUCUGUACAAGCCGUAUAAUCGGUGCACAAAACACUCUUACCAGAAAAAAUAAAACGUUUUGUACCUUCUUUCACCAAAAACACCUUUGCACCUUUAAACCAUCAUCUAUCUGAGCAGCCUUACCUCAGGAGACCUCCUUUCUAAAAACAAAUACAAUUUUACAGCCCAUAGUUACUUCUUCAGAACCAAUCAGGAGAGUAAAUACACAAGUGUAAUUGCAUCUGUCGUUGAGGUCUUUAGACUGAACGUUCUGCUCCUUAAUUCAGGGGCAUUCCCUCUGCCUGGCCCUUCCUGUAACACUGUGAUGGUGAGACCAUGAUCGUUAUGGAGCUGGAUCGUUGUUUGAUUGGCUAAUCACGGCCUGGCUUCCUCUCCCUGAUGACACAUACACAGCAUCAGCGUUGCCAGUGUUUUGGUGUAAAUAGUGUGUGUGUUGUUGAGGAGUUUUGGUCAAAUUAACGUCUUCGCAAGAGCUUUCUCAAAGCACAACACAGCCUUUAUCUGAGGCAGCUGUUUAAGACUUGUGGCUUGAGGCUGAGACUUGUAGAGGUCUGACAAUGUGAUAAACACUCUGGGCCUAUGGAAGUGGAAAUCUGGGUUCACUACUGACCUGGGAGUUACUGCUGUGUUCUAGAAUACAGUGGCCUAUUUGUCGGAUAUUCUCUUCUGAAUCAUUGAAUCAGUAAAAACACAUCUCCCUCUACUCUCUCUCUUUCCCCUCUCAUUUGUUUCUUUCCCUCUGAUUACUAGGAAUUAAUAGUUCAUGCAACCAUUCUUUCAUCCAUUUAUUCACUCCUCCCUUCUCUCCCCUCCAGAGAUGGCAGGGAUCUACCCCCAGGACCCAGCCCUGCCCAUCGGCUCCACCCUCACUGCCACAUGUUCAGUCAGCCCUGAUCUGGGCCUCCACGCCAGCUCUCUGUUCUGGAGCCUGAAUGGCCGCCGGCUGCCCAGUUCUUCCUACAGCGUGUUGAGCCCUACGGCCCUCAGUGUCACCCUGCCGGGCCUGCCAGCCUCUAGGCAGAGGUCAGGGGACAACCUGGUGUGUCACAACCAUGGAGGACAUGUUCUGGCCGGGUCCUGUCUCUACAUUGGGAGUAAGUGGAGCAACACACACACACACACACACACACACAUCUAGCAGCAGCAUCUAGCACACACACAUAGCUAAAAGUUAACAGUGUUAUACCAGUCUUAUAUCAGAGUACCAACCUGUGGUGGAUCAGUAACUGUAGGGCCUUUAGUCCUGUUGACUCCUGUGUGACUACACCAUGUUGUGGUGCAUUACUUCCCUCUAUUAGUCACUGGACAUGGAGUCUGACACACCCACACACACACACAGGUCUGAUAUACACACACACACACAAGCACACACACAGUGUUGUCAUAGUGCCCUAUUUUCAGCGUGACAUCCCUGUUCAACACCUUGUGUUCAGAAUGGUAUGGAAUAUAAGUCCCAGAAUUUUAACCCCAGACAGACAGAAGAACAUUCUGGACUAAAAUAUAUCCUCUCUCCCGCCACCCACCUUCUCCCUCAGUGCCUCCAGGGAAGCCAGUCAACUUGACCUGCUGGUCCAGAAACACCAAAGACCUGACCUGUCGUUGGGCACCGGGUGGACAGGGAGAGACCUUCAUCAAGACCAAAUACACACUCAAAUACAAACUCAGGUACACACUCCUUACACACACUUAAUACACACACGCAUGCACACACAUUCUAAUACAGUCUGAGUCUAAUACACGUGUGUGUGUGUGUGUGUGUAGGUGGUAUGGCAGAGAGAAAGAAUGUGAGGAGUACAGUGCCGCCCACCCAUACUCAUGCUACAUACCUCGUGACCUCGCCCUCUUCACGCCCUACGAGAUCUGGGUGGAAGCCACCAAUCAGCUCGGCUCAGCCACCUCUGAUGUCAUCACCCUGGAUGUCCUAGACGUGGGUGAGUGUGUGCAUACGUGCAAGUGUGUGUGUAUGAGAGAGAUAGAGAGAGAGAGAGACAGACAGAGAGUAAGUCCCUGAACUUUGACCCUCUGGCUUUAGAGCUUUACAUCUUGCCCCAGUUAGAAGUUGCUGUUGGGCACAGAUCCAGGAUCAGCUUACCUAGCCCAAGUCCUAACAGUAACCAUUAGUGGAGAAUCAUAAAACUGACCUUAGAUAAGCGUCUAGGACCAACUUUAUCCUACUACUUAAAUCCCAACCCAGGAUUUUGGGGGUGAGGGGGAACACACGCACAUACACAAACGCACAAAUGGGGGAGGGCAGGCAGUGUGACGAAUGGAAGAAGACCAGACACACCCUGCCUUUUGGUGAGCUCAUUUCCCUUUUACUCACGCUGGGUGGGCACACACACACACACACACACACACACACACACACACACACACACACACACACACGCACACACCCUGCGGAUGGGGAAGGGCAAGGAAGGUGGGCGAUUGACGCUUGACACCACUCGAGUUCCUACUCGCUGCUCCCUCAUUUCCCAACCUCCACACUGAAACUAAUAACACACACUAACAGUACCUGUACUGUAUGAGUUACUGUUAGGGUCAGAGCCAAUUAACUCAGAGGAGAAAGAAAUAAGCAUUAUUUUAGACAGAUCUUGCUGCUUUAAAGUAGUUUUCUGAGUUACCCUACCUCUUUCCCCUCCCCGUCCGCAGUAACGACGGACCCUCCAUCAGGUGUGAGUGUGAGUCGUGUGGGUGACCUGGAGGACCACCUGAGUGUUCGAUGGGAGUCUCCCCCAGCUCUCAAAGACUUCCUGUUCCAGGCCAAGUACCAGAUACGCUACCGACUGGAGGACAGCUCAGGCUGGAAGGUCAUGGAUGACAUUGGGAACCAGACAUCAUGUCGUCUGGCAGGCCUGAGACCGGGCACUGUGUAUUUUGUCCAGGUACGGUGUGUGUGUUUGUGUUUGUAUAUGUGUGUGUGUGUGUGUGUGUGUAGUAAUCCCAGUGUGUUCUAUGCAGGUGCGCUGUAACCCAGUAGGGAUCUAUGGGUCUCGUAGGGCUGGUAUCUGGAGUGAAUGGAGUCAUCCUACUGCUGCUUCUACACCUCAUAGUGGUGAGGACACACUCUCACACACACUCUCACACACACACACACACACACACACACACACUCUAACCCCCUCUCUCCCCUCUUAUAGAGCGUGUAUUAUCAGGUUCGUGUGACUCCAAGUCUGGAGACUCCAAUUCUACGUUACGUCGAGAGCUGAAGCAGUUCUUCGGCUGGGUACGGAAUCAUGCGUAUGGCUGCAGCGGCAUGUCAAUCAAACUCUACGACCAAUGGAGAGUCUGGAUGCAGAAGUCCCACAAAACACGCAACCAGGUA